UUUCAGUUCAUUGUACUAAUCGCACUUGCAUCGGCUACUCAUGCCGGAGUAAUUGGUUACGACGCUCACCCAGCCUACUCCGAUUCCGCUUCAGUCUCAUACUCCAGUGUAUCGGCUCCAGUUGCAUCCCACGUUUCCUCUCCAAUUUAUGCCAAAGUAGCUGCUCCAGCUUAUGCCGCCCCCGCCUACAAAGUUUCUGCUCCACUAGCCUACGCUGCUCCAGUAGUUAAGAAAGUCGUAGCCGAAGAAUAUGCCCCAGCCCACUACCAAUUUGGAUAUGAAGUGAACGAUCCACACAAUGGGGAUGUUAAGAGCCACCAAGAAUCCAGAGAUGGAGACCUCGUGAAAGGCAGCUACUCUGUCGUCGAAGCUGACGGUUCCAGACGUGUUGUGGAAUAUACCGCUGAUCCUCACAAUGGUUUCAAUGCUGUCGUUCACAAAGAACCAAACGCAGUUUCAGUCAAAGCCGUUGCACCAGUUUAUGCCAAAGUAGCUGCCCCAGUGUCUUAUAGUGCUCCUCACAGCUACGCUGCCCCAGCUUUUGCCAAGGUGGCAUACCCUGCUGUAGCUAAAGUGGGCUACUCCGCUGCCCCAGCUGUGUCUUACUCCAGCCUAUCAGCUCCAGUAUCUCACGCAGCUCCCUCCUAUUACCACUAAGUGGUAAUUGAUUAUAAUAUUUCUAGUGAAACCCCAUAUUUAUUUAUUUCCUUAAUUAUAAGUUUCAUUAAA